AUGUCAGACUCUGCCGAUAUUCUUAACGCUUUCAAGGGGAUUGAAUCCGUACUCAGACAGUCUAUGGAGACGGAUUUCUGGUACGGGCUCCCGGAACGACACUUCGACCAGGUACUUGGGUGGGUCCUCGAUCAGGGCUCGCACGGGUCACCUGAGCGAAGGCCGACAUCCACGGGAAAGCAAAACAGAUUUCCGAGUUGGAGUUGGGUAGGGUGGAUAUCAGGAGCCUCGCUAGGAACCUAUUUCCCAACCAAAGAACAUCGCUCCGAGAUUCAUUGGUUCUUGAUAAAUGACAAAGGCGUCGCCUUCCGUCUGAGUACGGUAGCAUCGAAUGCCAUCAUUGACUAUCACAAGGAUGGUAAUAAAGACGUCUCUGUCGCUCCGCCUCCUUGGGAUGGCUGUUCCCCACCCUCUUGGAAGGGCCGCGAUAUGUUCUCUCGGAUUGUUCCUCGGGUUAAAGCUCCUACGGACGAGGAGGAGUGGCGGUUCCCACGAUAUCUAGCAUGCAAGAACGCGCUUGCAACAUUCCAAUUGGACGGCCAAGUUCAGUCGCUGAAUGGCCACGGGCGACUCUGGGAGCAUAACGCGAACCUAGUGAUUUGGGCUGCGGAUGGAACAAGAGCGGGCUCAAUAAUGAUGAGUCGGAUAUUCGCUGCGAAAGUGUCGGACGAACCUCGCUUCUUCGAAUUUAUCCUUGUGACGAGGUUGAAGCGGUCGCGUUCCCAUAUGACCCAUGUGGCCUACUUUGAUGAAAGCAUCUAUCCAAAUAGGGAUUGGUGCCAUCUCAGUGUCAUGAUGAUCGAGCGGGAAGGGACGGUUGCUCAAAGGAUUGGCGUUGGGAUCGUCCACGAGGAUGCUUGGGUAAAUGCCAAUCCGCGCAUUACUUUCAUUAAGCUUUAA